AUGGUUGCUGCAGACUCCUUAUCCUCUGACGUACCAGAGAUCCACGUGGUCACAGGAGGUGCAGGAUUUCCAGGUUUUUCUUUGGGCAGACGUCUUGCUAAAAAGGGUCACAUUGUUAAACUGAUUGAUGUGAAAGAGCCCGUCUUAGACCUAGAGGAAGGAAUGGAAUUUUUUAAGGGCAACAUCACAGACUUGGAGUUUGUGUCCAGCAUCGUCCGUGGGGCCAGUGUCGUCUAUCAUUUAGCUUCCUAUGGCAUGUCCGGCAGAGAGCAGCUGAACAAGAAACUCAUUGAGACAGUCAACAUUGGGGGCACUGAGACCGUUCUGAAAGCAUGUUUGGAUAAUGAUGUCACACGAUUAGUGUAUACAAGCACGUACAACGUUAUCUUUGGAGGGCAAGAAAUCAAGAAUGGAGAUGAAAGCUUGCCAUAUCUCACCGACGACAAGUUCACGGACCACUACUCCAGGACCAAGAUGCUGGCAGAGCAAAAAGUUCUGGCCACCAAUGGACAACAGACUGCCCAAGGGAAGACGUUCAGAUGCUGUGUACUGCGGCUGGCCGGUGUCUACGGCCCGGGCGAGCAGAGGCAUAUACCUAGAAUUGUGUCAUAUCUGGAGCAAGGCUUGGUGAAGGUCACCUACGGCUGCAAGGACUCCAGAGUGGACUUUCUUCACGUGGACAAUUUGGUGCAGGCUCACGAGUUGGCGGCCCUUGCUCUUAGAGAAGACAGGCAGUUUAUUGCUGCAGGCAAGGCAUAUUUCAUCAACGAUAACAAACCGAUCAAUAACUUUGAGUUUUUCCGUCCUCUGUUUGAAGGCCUGGGCUACGGCUACCCAAAGGUCAACCUGCCACUCCUGCCUGUGUUCUAUUUUGCCUGGCUGACCGAACUAAUCCAUGCCAUUGUCAGCCCUGUCUACAACUUCCAACCAUUGCUGACCCGCACAGAGGUGUACAAGACAGGUGUCACCCACUACUUCAGUAUCCAGAAUGCCACCAAGGAUCUCAACUACCACCCCACGGUUCACAACGACCUGUCUGGGGUUGUGGCUUACUACAAGAAGCUCGGACGGGUCAAGGGUCAUCAGUCAUCCAUAUUCAUGUAUUAUUUGGUCAAUGCCAUCAUCAUAUUCUUCAUAUACAACCUUUUUAUCUUCAUUUUACCUGGUGUAACCGGGCUAGCGUCCAGUUUGACCACUGGUGCAACUGGGUUGUACUCCAGUCUCACCUGUUUAGACUAUAGUGAUAGUUAA